AUGAAAGGAAAAAAUUUAAAACAUGAACUUUAUGACAAAAUGCCUCCUGAUUCUCAGCUGUUUAUGUCGGAGAAGUCAGCGUACACGAACCCCGACUUAUUCCUAAGGUGGCUAAAAACACACUUUGUACCCAGGAAACCGGAAGGCACAACGCUUCUCCUUCUUGAUGGCCAUACGUCUCACUCUUCAUCGGUAGAAAUGCUACAGUAUGCCAAAGAAUACAACAUCAUUCUUUUAUGCUUUCCUAGCCAUUGUACGCAUUAUCUGCAACCACUCGACCGGUCGGUAUUUAAAUCGGUUAAAAGCGCAUUUUAUAAAAGCUGUCAGCUCUGGCUUAAACAACAUGCAGGAAGACGCAUCACUAGAUACCAAUUUGGAGAGCUCCUAUCGGAUUGUUGGGGUAAAUCUGCCACGCCGGAAAAUGCCACUGCAGGCUUUAGACCUACUAGAAGCUACCCUUUUAAUCCGGACAUAAUCCUGGAUUAUUCAUUUUCCAUUGCCGAUCUCCUAGACCUAGAUGCUACUGAAAUGUCAAGAUCACAUCAUGAAGAAAGACAAAACAGGGAUACUACACCAUCACCAAUGCCGCAAGUUGAAGGUGGAGUGUCACUUUUGCUGCCUGAAGAGCCUAACGAAAUAGAAAAAGAAAUACCAAGCAAAUUAUUGCAAGAACUUUCACCUGUGUCAAAGCUCCGAAUCGAGUCCACAAAAAAAAUCAAAAUCCAUCGCAAAUAUUUUAACAUCUGUGAACUUUUUAGAAUCAAAGAAAAAUACGCAGAAAAAAAACAAACUUCGGAAAAAAAUGACAAUUUAAAAAAUAUUCCUUCAACAUGUUCUGGCAAAAGAGCAAAUUUUGGCAACAAAAGGGCCAAGAAUAGGACAAAAAUAAGCAAGAAGACCAAAAGAGAUGAAAGCUCUUCGGAUUCGCAAGUUUCAUCCUAUGAUAGUGACUCCCCAAGAGACGAGGACGACGAUAUCUGUUUUGCUUGUGGGGAGUUCGGAAAAGACAACGAAUUAUGGUUUAGAUUUUAG